AUGACAGCCCGAAACGUCUGGAACAGCGACCAAUACAACCCCCUCUGGGGUGACGUCGACGACUACACCUUCCCCCACUCCCACCCUCCCUCCCGGCCCAACACCAAGGCCCUCCAGGACGCCGUCGCGGGCUCCCGAGCCGCCGGCCUCCCAGAUAUCUCCGUCUCCCCGGUGCAAGGCAAAUUCCUCGCGUUGCACUGCCGCGCGUCGGGCGUAACCCACGCGCUGGAGGUCGGCACGCUAGGCGGGUACUCGGCCAUUUGGCUGGCGAGUGAGAACCCGCAGCUGCGGCUUGUUACGGUGGAGUACGAGGCAAAGCACGUUGAGGUGGCGCGGAGGAAUAUUGAAGCGGCUGGGUUGGCGGAUCGGGUGGAGGUUAUCCAUGGUGCUGGUGUGGAUGUGCUGGCGCGGUUGAGGGAGGAGGUGAAAGCGGGCAAGCGGGAACGGUUUGGGUUUGUUUUUAUUGAUGCGGAUAAGCCGAAUAACUGGAAUUAUUUGAGGCUGGCGAAGGAUAUGGUGAGGCCGAACGCGGUGAUCUGCGUUGAUAAUGUGGUUCGGCAGGGGAAAUUGGCAGAUUCGGAUACGACCGAUGUGAUGGUCCUGGGGGCUCGUGAGGUGGUGGAGAAGGCUGGGAAGGAGCCUGGGGUGGAUUCGGUGGUUAUCCAGACGGUGAGCGACAAGAGCUACGAUGGGUGGUUGUGGGCUGUUGUUGGAUGA